AUGUCUACAAGUGCGCAGUUGUGUCGCGCUCUGUACGACAACACGGCCGAGUGUCCGGACGAACUCUCGUUCCACAAGGGGGACCUCAUGGUCCUACUCCAGCCAGAAGGGGCCGGCCUGGAAGGCUGGCACUUGUGUUCAUUGCACGGCCAACAAGGGAUCGUGCCGGCCAACAGGGUUAAGGUCCUCCCCGAGUCGGGAUCUCACCCAAACCACACCUCAGCAGAGGUCUACCAGGUGCCGAAGAAGGACGGUCUUCUGGUGGGAAAGAUCUCAGACGGAGCCAUAGACGAGUGGAGAAGAAGAGAACAAAGGAAAGAAGAACAGGAGGUGUAUGAGAUACCGCCGCCCGCUCGGCCCUGCCCGCUGCCCCCGGAGGGCAUCUACAGGGUGCCUCGGGGUACCAGAAGAGAAGGAGAAUCUGUGGAGGUUUAUGAUGUGCCCUCGUCUUUGCUCCGGGACGUGGUUUUGGACACGUACGAUUCUCCCGCCCCACGGGUCAAAAAAGUCGCCCGGGUAGCCCCCCAACCCAGCGCCCCUCCAAAUGUGGAUGAGGCCUACGACGUGCCCCUGGCCUUCAAAAAGGCCCUCGCCCAAGAGGAGGAAGAGGAGAACGAAGGAAGUUGCGAAGGGCCCCUGAUCUACGCCAUCCCGUCUAAUUUACGCCGGGCUUCAGCCUUGCUUAACUUGUACGAGUCUCCCGAAGACAUCCGGGCGGGAGGAAAGGAGGGAGAGGAGGAAGAGGAAGAUGGGGCCAUUUAUGACGUUCCUCUGCUGACGCCCAGCACCCCACCUUUGGAGGGAACCCUCCAAGGACUCAGCCUAAGGGACCCGGGACCCCCCACUCGCCCCCGGCUGCCGUCCGCGGAGAGCCUAUCCCGCCGUCCGCUGCCCGCUCUUCCGAGCGAGGAGCGGCUUUCCGGAGAGCCUCCACCUCCAUCGCCCAGCAUCGUGCGGAAGGGCAGUAUCCAGGACCGACCACUGCCUCCCCCGCCGCCCCGGCUGGGGGGUCUCGGGGCAGGGGAGCCACUGGACCAAGCCAGGGACGACGUCCACAACGAAUACGAGGGGAUCCGUCUGGCUGACGAGUACGAUUAUGUCCAUUUGAAGGGGACUGAUAAAAUCCAGCAGAAAGCAACCACACCCGAAGCCAGCCCCACACUUAUGGUCCCGGAAGAAGAGGCAACUCCCACUGAAGAAAUGGCGCCGCCAUCCCCGGAGGACAGCCAGCUGCUGCAGUUCUACACGGGACAGUGCCAGACGCACUACCGCACCCUGCUCUCCGCCAUCGAAGCGCUCUUGGCCAGCGCCGGGGCCCACCAGCCGCCCCGCGUCUUCGUGCCACACGGCAAGUUCGUCAUCGUCACAGCGCACAAGCUGGUCUUUGUGGGCGACACUGUCUCCCGCCUGGCGUCUUCGGCGGCCGUGCGGGCCAGGGUGGGGUCCGCCAGCACCGCCCUCUGCCAAGCCUUGAAGGAAGCGGUCCUCUCCGUCAAGAGCGCCGCUUUGCGCUACCCGUCGCCACCCGCUGCUCGCGAGAUGCAGGGAUGCGUAGCCGAGUUGUCGCGCCAAGCUCUGGCCUUCACCACCUUGCUGGGCGCCCUGGCGCCCUCUUGA